UCUAAAGAAAUCAGCAGAGUCUGGCAAAUAGGUAUAGACGGCCAUACCAUCUGGCCAUUAUUGAUGUAUUAAUGGUUCCGUAAAGAUGUGGUCCCACAGCCGACAUCUCUUCCACAAGAGAUGUCUAGUACAACGUCCCUUGGUGAGACGCUUAACCACCAACAAUGCGUUCUUCCAAAUAUCGGAUGAAGUCCGCAAUGCAGUGAAAUCAGAUCAGCCCGUCGUGGCAUUGGAAUCGACUAUCUACACCCAUGGCUAUCCUUUUCCCGAGAACGUUGCGCUGGCAGAAGAGUUGGAAUCUGUUGUCCGAGACAAUGGCUGCGUCCCUGCUACCAUUGGUAUCGUAGACGGAGUUGCGAAGGUCGGAAUGACCGCUGGAGAUAUCAAUAUCUUAGGUUCGUCAGUCGGUGACCCUCGUACGCUGAAGCUGUCGAGGAGAGACCUGUCGUAUGCAUGCGGAAUGCGUCUCGUGAACAAGUCAUUCCACGGCGGCACCACCAUCGCAAGCACCAUGAUCCUCGCGCACAUGGCAGGCAUCAAAGUCUUCGCCACCGGCGGUCUCGGCGGCGUCCAUCGAGGCGCGGAAAAUUCCAUGGACAUCUCCGCAGACCUCACCGAGCUGGGCCGCACACCCGUCGCGGUGGUCAGCAGCGGUAGCAAGAGCUUCUUGGAUAUCCCGAGGACCCUAGAAUACCUCGAGACCGAGGGUGCUACGGUUGCUACUUUUGCGGACGGGAGGGCCGGGCCGGUGGAGUUCCCUGCGUUUUGGUCGAGGGAUAGCGGCGUCAAGAGCCCGCUUACGAUAUAUUCCGAGACGGAGGCUGCUGCUAUAAUUUAUGCUCAAUCAUGCCUUGGGUUGAAGUCUGGCUUACUCUUCGCGAACCCGAUUCCGGAGACGAGCGCGAUACCAAAGUCGCAAAUGGACCGAAUUAUCGAGAAGGCGAUCGAGGAGGCGAAUGCUGCUCAUGCCUCAGGCAAGGACAACACCCCGUUUAUCUUGUCAAAGAUACGAGAGUUGUCCGGAGGGGCAAGUCUUCCUGCAAACCGCGCUUUGAUUGUGUCCAAUGUAAAACGUGGAAGCAUCGUCGCAAGGGAAUUGGCUCAACUCGAGCGGAGUGGUGGCAUCAGCACCUCGAGCGUUACUCUACCUUCGGCAGCCAUUCCCAAGCUUCCCAGCUCAACUAUUGAGCCUGUGACUCAAACGAGCCGCUCCGACCAUCGAAUAUCCCCUGAACCAAAGCCAGCACCCCCUAGGGACAUACUCGUCGCCGGUGCUCUAGCGAUAGAUUACUCUUGUGACUACGCCCCUUUUAACAUUCCCAAGGACGGUGAAACAGACAUCAGUCCUCACCUUCGAACUUCAAAUCCCGCGCGGAUCUCCCAGUCACUAGGUGGUGUCGCACACAACAUCGCCUACGCUGCCCAUCUCCUAGGAUCCAGUGUUCGGCUCUGCUCUGCAGUAGGCGACGACUUACCUGGUCGAAUGGCGGAAGACCAUCUUAGACGAGAGAAUAUGGAUUGUGCGCUGAAUGUCCAUCCCGGCGCGAGGAGCGCACAGUAUAUGGCGGUGAAUGAUGCUAAUAAAGACUUAUAUGUCGCCAUGGCUGAUAUGGCCAUCCUUGAAACUGGGUCGCAGAGCUACAACGAAGCAUCGAAGGAGUUUAAGGAGAAGUGGCUGCCCAAGUUGGACGCGACAAGACCAAAAUGGUUGAUCCUUGACGGGAACUGGCCGGCUCCAAUGCUCCAUCAUUGGCUCUCAGCGGGCUCAUCGAAAGGAGCGAAGAUCGCCUUCGAACCGGUAUCAGUUGCGAAGGCUGUUCGGCUCAUAACUGCCCUGACGAAACCCCCCGCCAAGUCUGCAUCUCCGUCGAACUCAGAGAGCCCAUUACUCCCGUUCCUCCCAAACCCUAGCCUCCAUUUAAUCACGCCCAACGCCUCCGAACUCCAUGCUCUCCAUUCCGCAGCCACAUCUUCCGGACUGUUCGAGGAUGCGCAAUGGUUCUCAGUACUCGAUUCCUUCAAUCUCCCAUCAGUCGGAUCCCAAGCUCGGCUAGGACGAGCUCUUGGACAAGCAGCAGAAGGCCUGAUCUCGGAAGGAAUCCCGCAGAUGAGCAUCCAAAUGUUGCCGGUGUGUGAGACCAUAUUGACCACCCUUGGUCCCCGUGGAGUGUUACUGGCGACGACAAUACCGGAAGGGGACCGACGACUGGAUGACGAAGGGUUCGCGAAAUAUAUCGUUGGACGGGUGCAGAAUGGCCACGGUACCGGUGUAGGUGGGGUGUAUAUGAGACACUUUGCCCCAUCUGAAGUCCUAGGACCUGAGGAUCAGGUCAGUGUUAACGCUGCAGGAGAUACUUUUACUGGCGCAGUUGUUGCAGGGCUGGUGGGUGGAAAGUCCAUUGAAGAUGCUAUAUACCUUGGAUCACAAGCCGCGGCGCUGACUUUGAGGCAUGUGGGAGGAGUUGGAGAUUUAAAAACGCUUCGUUAGGCGAUAUAUCCUUGAAUGCAAACCGCGCUAUA